UCCUACGCGGCUGCCGUCCGUUUGUGUCCUGGGGACAACAGGGAUCUGCAGAAUUAAAUUAUGAUCUAGCAAGGCUGAAAAAUAUACAUUUAUGUAUAAAAUAAUGGAAUUUAUCUAACCCGGAUAAAUAUAGACUAAUAUUACAUACUCUUCAGAUGAAGCUCCAUGCAGCCAUCAGCCCAUGUGUCCAAGCAUGGUGAAGGAGUCAGCCUUAUGGCACAGCCUGUCAGGAUCACAUACAGCCAGACUCACUCAUGGCCAGAGUGAACAAGUCCGCAGUGCUGCUGCUGCUCAUCACAGCCAGCUCCAUAUUCCUCCUGUUUCAGCUCUACUACUACAGACAGCACGCUAACAAGCAUGGGCUUCAAGCACCGAGCGGUAAAGGUUACCCAACUGGGAAGGAGGCGCAAUGGCAUUUAGUGAAAAAGUUCCUUGGUCUGGCCCAUAAGUUCAACCUGCCUGUGUUUCUGGUGGACACGGCGUCUCUGAGCCUGCUUUCCCAGGAUGCCAUUCUGCUCAGGGACAGCCAGAUGAAGGAGCCUCACUGCACCUUUCUGUGCACCCACAGGGACUUCGUCACCUUUGGCCUGCUCGGAAACCUCUGGAAGUAUGACGCUGGCCUCAUGGAGGCUGCAGAGGAACGUGGCCUGGAGCUGCUGGAGAUCAAGGGUAAAGACCCCAGGUUGGUCAGCAUGGACGACCUGUCAGGACGCGACAUUCCUCUGCACCUGCUGUUCCGCUUUAAUGGCCAUCUGGUGCAUGUAGUCGUGCUGUACGAACGAAGCGGCAACUACCUGUGGCACGGGCCGCUCAGGCUCCGAGGCAGCAUGGACCGCACCUUCGCUCCCUUCAGGAACCUGGAGUUCGGCCGCUACGCCGGGGCCUACAGCAGGCCAGAGCUUAUUCUGACCACUCUGGAUGGGCUUGAUGUGCGGAUCCCCAAAAACUUCUCUCACUUCCAGAGCGAACAUUCCAACAGCCGCUUCCUGGAGUGCAGAUAUCGAGAGGCAGCGGCCUUUUACCAGCUGUAUCCAGACGACACGUCACCUGAGGCCAUGGACUUCAGAAUGAAGGCAAAGAGUCUGCUUCACCUCGCCGCUCGAGUUCUCAGUGGGCUCCAGGUUCCGUUCUGGCUGAGCAGUGGUACAUGUCUCGGUUGGUUCCGGCAGUGUAACAUCAUCCCCUACAGUAAAGAUGUAGACCUGGGCAUCUGGAUCAAAGAUUACAGGCAUGAUAUCACACAGGCAUUUCAGAAGGCUGGACUCUCCCUCAAACAUAAGUUCGGAAAGAUAGAGGACAGUCUUGAGCUCUCCUUCCAAGGCCUGGAUGUAAAACUGGACAUCUUUUUUUUCUACGAGGACGGCGACAUCGUUUGGAACGGAGGCACACAGGCGAAGAGCGGCAAGAAAUUCAAGUACGUCUUCCCCCGCUUCAGCCUGUGCUGGACGGAGCUGCUGGAGCUGAAGGUCCGAGUACCCUGCGAGACUCUGGACUAUGUGACUGCAAACUACGGGCCGGACUGGAACGUUCCGGUCAAGACCUGGGACUGGAAGAGCUCACCGCCGAACGUGCAGGAGAACGGCGUGUGGCCCAUCAAAGAGUGGGACGACGUCAUCCUGGUCAACUGAGGCGGGUGGGAAGUCUAUUCAUCGAUAGUGUGUAGUGUAGAAAUGGUUUCUGGUAUGAAAUACACUAAAAAUGAAGGACAUACUGGGACGUAAAGCAGAAAAGAAAACACUGUAUUUCCACACUGUUUUGAAAAACCCCUAAUAACAUAAGAAUAAUUUAAACCUUAAUGCAGGUCCUUUUGGAUUUUUCUGUAAAAUGUGAAGUUGUGAGAAGCUGCCAUGAUCUACUAAAAAAAACUGCGAUGGUCAUAUUACUCUAACUUCCUGUCUGAAAUGGUAAACUUGUGAUUUUUCUCUUCAAUAAAACCGCUGCACCAGAA